UUUAAUAUUAAGAUCCUUACCUUAAUCAAUAUACAUCUCUCUCUCUCUUUCUGUCCUGUCUAGAUCUUGCGUAGAUGAGAAAAAUUUUGCUUCUACUGUUCGUGUAAAAAUCACCAUCCCAAGUUUUUGCUUUUUGACUUCUUUUAGCUCUAGAAAUGGCUUCUGCUCUUCGAAUCUUCUCAAGGAGAAAGAUUUCACCAAAAUGGUUCUGCAAGACCUCCUCCACAAGCCCUCUUGUUCUUCAUCAUGUCAAAGAUUAUACUGGACCAUGCUUAACAGAUUCAAGCCUUCUUCUUGCUCGUAGUUUUCACAGGCAAGUGUUCUUUGAAGAUGGAAAGAAAAUGUCUUUUGGUCAACCAUUAGGUGCUUCUUCUGGAGUGUUUCUAUGUAGACACAUCUCCUCUUCUUCUUCUUGCAAACCAGAAGAAUGGAGCAUAAAGAUUGAUGCCUUCGGAGAUAUUGUUGAGGGACUUGUCCCUGAGAAAUCUGUGGAAGCAAUGUCCACUACUAUAGAUGGAUGUAGUAGUGCUGCAGCAGUUGAAAACUUUUCUUCCCCUGUGAACUGCGUGCAUUAUGUGAUUAAUGGAAUCCAUGACCUUACUGGCUCCAACUUUAAAAUUUAUAAACACAUUCUAUAUUCUUGUAGAGAUAAGCAGGUCGCAAAGUUGAGAAAGGCAUUGGGGAUGCCAUAUGAUCCUGCAGUAACGGCCUCUGAGCAGCAAAGGAUCAUGGCGAGAGUGAUAAGUGCUAUGACAACAAUUGACGUGGUGAAGAAGAAAGACAACAAAUGA